AGCUAACGGCGAAACAGAAGCCAAAUGCCCAGCAACCUAGACCGAGCUACCACCGAAACAGAAACCCAAAUACCCAACGACGGGGCCAACGCAGUAGCCGCUACGAUUCCGUGCUCAGCUCGAAUUUGGCUUCAAUGGAGGUCGAUAAGGUGCAAAAAGGUGAUGACACAAAAAAUAAUCGAACAAAACCAGUGAGAAGAAAAGCUCCGGCACUUAGGAAAAAGUUUCCAAGCACAAGAGUAAAGAGACAAAAGCAUAAAGAAGUGGAACAAGAAAGGGAGGAAGAGGAGGAUGAAGAAAAUGAGGAAGAAAAGGAUGAAAAACAUAAGAAGGAACAAGACGGGGGAGAAGAGGACGAUGAAGAAGAAGAGAACGAUGGAGCAAGAAAUAAAGGCAAAGGCCAGAAACAAUCAUAUUGCCAAUACAAGUGCAAUAUAAUUAUGAGUGCAGCGAGUGUAGUAGUAGGAUUAGGCAAUGUCGAGUGCAGUAGCAGAACACAAGUACAAGUGCAGUAGCAGAAGUGGACGAGUAUGAGUGUAGCGAGCGCAGUAGCAGGAUUGACGAGUGUAAUAGCAGGAUUACGCGAUGACGAGUGCAGUAGCAGAACACGAGUACAAGUGUAAUAGUAGAAGUGGACGAGUAUGAGUGCAGCGAGUGCAGUAGUAGGAUUGACGAGUGUAGUAGCAGGAUUAGGCGAUACGAGUGCAGUAGCAAAACAUGAGUACAAGUGCAGUAGCAGAAGUGGACGCAUAUGAAUGCAGCAAGCGCAGUAGCAGGAUUGGACGAGUGCAGUAGCAGAACAUGAGUACGAGGGCAGUAGCAGAACUAGACGAGUAUGAGUGCAGCGAGUGCAGUAGCAGGAUUAGGGGAUGACAAGUGCAGUAGCAAGAUUUGACGAGUGCAGUAGCAGGAUUGGGCGAUGACGAGUGCAGUAGCAGAACUAGACGAGUAUAAAUGCAGCGAGUGUAGUAGCAGGAUUACGCGAUGACGAGUGUAUUACUGGAAGAGGGGAUUUGUAUUGGGAAACGUAUUAGUGAGACGAAGUUUAGAAAAUUUUGGUACUUCAAAAUUGUGGAAAUUUCAAUGGAUAUUUUGCGCAAAUUAAAAUUUAGAAAAUUUGAUGGAA